AUAUAUAUAUAUAUAUAUAUAUAUAUGUAAAAUUUAGAAUAAUAUAUAUCGCAAAUGUCAUUUAGAAGAGCAUCACAUGCUGGUUCUUGGUAUUCAGAUUCAGGUGAUCAAUUAAACAAGCAGCUUGAACAAUGGUUAUCCGAAGUAAAUGUGAAAUCUACACCAGCUAGAGCCUUGAUAUCACCUCAUGCUGGAUAUGCUUAUUGUGGGGCAUGUGCUGCUUAUGCAUACAAACAAAUAAAUCCUAUGACAAUUAAACGGAUAUUUAUAUUGGGACCAUCUCAUCAUGUAGCUUUACCAGGUUGUGCAGUUACACAAACAACUUCAUAUGAAACUCCUUUGUACAAUUUAAAAAUUGAUAAUUUAAUAAACAAUGAACUCCUGGGGACUGGAAAAUUUGACAUUAUGAGUAAAGAAACUGAUGAAAAUGAACAUAGCAUAGAAAUGCAGUUACCUUUUAUUGCUAAAGUAAUGGAAAGUAAUAAAGAUAAUUUCACGGUGGUACCUAUUUUAGUUGGCAGUACAAGUCAUGAACAAGAGCGGUUGUAUGGCGUUAUUUUUAGCAAGUAUUUAAAGAACCCUGAAAACUUGUUUGUCAUCUCUUCAGAUUUUUGUCAUUGGGGAAAACGUUUUCGCUUCACACCUUAUGAUAAAUCCAAAGGAGAAAUUUAUGAAUCUAUAGAAGAUCUAGACAAAAUGGGCAUGAAAUAUAUUGAGCAGCUAGACACUAAUUCUUUCUAUAAAUAUCUUGAAAAGUUUUCUAAUACUAUCUGUGGAAGACAUCCUAUUGGAAUUUUACUAAAUGCUGUGAACGAAGUGCGAUCGGCUGAUGCUUCUUUUAAAUUUCAUUAUUAUUCCCAGAGCAGCAAAUGUCGACGUUUUGAAGAUUCGUCUGUUAGUUACGCUGCCGGAACUUUAACUCAACUCUGAUUUUAUGAAUAUAAAACUACAUACCUAUCAUAA